UUUUACACCACAGUGGAACUUCGUUUUUGUUGCCUUCUUUACUUUCCUGCAUUCUUUCACUAUAAUAAUAUUAAAUACAUAGAAAGAUGUGCAAAGGAAAUAGAUUUAUUAAAACACGUAACAGACGUUUAGGAUCUGUGCGGUGACGGCCGCUAGGGGUCGUGGCAUUUAUCUUGGUAGCAUGUCUGGAUUCAGAUCGAGCCGUACCGGUGUAAUAAAAUAGCAAAUAUUCAAUGCCUUUGACAUUUUAACUUCAUUUUAAUGUAGUCGAUUGCAAGUGUACUAAAUGUUUUACUCUAAUCAUAAUUUCAUCAUCUGAUAAAAAGGACUUCGCAUCAACCCCUUCAGUUAUCCUUCCUAUCCCGCCCCUUACUGACGUCACGCCUGGCUGUUUUGCGAGUGCGUCUCCGUUCACGCGCGCACGCCCUCCCCAACUCGCGCGACCGGAGAGUCGCUCUAGCUCAUGCUUCAAAGUAGUGUAGACUUCUUGCCAGGCUCCAGCUGUCUCCGGUCUCUCCAGGAAUGAGAAGCGAUGGCCGGCUCUGCCAACGAGGACAAAACCUUCAAGAGGUUCCUGGAGCUCUUCCUGCGGGAGAUGAGGCCACCUCUCCAGGAGGACGUACCUGUACCUAUGCGCCCCUUGACGGACCUCAUCUCGGAAGACGAGGUGGAAGGGGAAUGCCUCGACCUGUGUCUCCAGCACCUGUGUAAAUAUAAUUGCCCCUUCUCCUUGGCUGCAGCCCUGGCCCGUGGUACAGCCGAUAGUAUCCUUCAAAGCGAUCUUUCCAUGUACCAUCUCAACAAGAGCGUGGAUGACGAAACGCAAACGUUGCCACAGAUUGAUUCGGUGAAGCUUGCGCGGUUGGUCUUUAAUAAGCUGUGCGAGACGUGCUGUCACUGGCUUAAGGAGUUCCCAUAUCGCCGCCGACAUUUGCCGUACUACGAGACCUCCAUCCAUGCCAUCAAAAACAUGCGCCGCAAGAUGGAGGACAAGCAUGUGGUCAUUCCGGAUUUCAACACGCUCUUCAAUUUACAGGACCAGGAGGAGCAGGCGUUUUUUGCCGUGUUUGAUGGUCACGGCGGGUUGGAUGCUGCCAUCUAUGCCGCCAACCACCUGCACGUGAACCUGGUCAGACAGGAAAUGUUCAAUCAGGACCCGAUUGAAGCCCUGUGCCACGCCUUCAAAGUGACAGAUGAGAGAUUUGUACAGAAGGCAUCACGUGAGAAGCUGCGUUGUGGUACCACCGGUGUUGUGACCUUUCUGAGGGGACACACGCUGUAUGUUGCCUGGCUUGGAGAUUCACAGGUCAUGAUGGUGAGGAGAGGUCAACCAGUAGAGCUGAUGAAACCACACAAACCAGAUAGAGAGGAUGAGAAGAAGCGUAUCGAGGCUCUGGGUGGCUGUGUGAUCUGGUUUGGCACGUGGAGAGUCAAUGGAAGCCUGUCAGUGUCGAGAGCUAUCGGUGACAACGAACACAAGCCCUAUAUCUGUGGUGAUGCAGACUACACCACCUUAAACCUGGACGGGAGCGAAGACUACUUGAUCCUGGCCUGCGACGGCUUCUAUGACACCAUGAAUCCGGAUGAAGCCGUGCGGGUGGUCAGCGACCACCUGCAGGAGAACAACGGAGACACCGCUAUGGUGGCUCACAAGCUAGUGGCCUCGGCCCGAGACGCGGGUUCCAGCGACAACAUCACUGUAAUCGUGGUGUUCCUCAGGGAUCCCCGUCUACCCCCACCCUCAGAAGAACCUGAGGAGGAACCGGAAGAGGAACCUGUAGAAGAUACAGGUGAGGAGGAGGAGGGGGUGGAGGCCUUGCAGAGCGAGUUGGUGUGUCAAGAUGGAGGAACGGAGAACGGAGGAAAGAAUCGGAGCGGCUGGCCACUCCAGCAAUGUUCCGCCCCAGCCGACCUGGCUUACGAAGACCGCAUGGAUUCAUUUACGGACAGGACGAGUCUUAGUAUGGGGCCGGAUAUGCAGGUAGAAACUGGAUGCUUCAGGUUCCCCUCAAGUCUACCCCCAACGAGAACCAUGACGGUGGAUGUCAUACCCCCUUACGCCGGGGCUGGUGCGGCCUGGCGCCCCUACCAAGAGGAUGGCCUCUCUGGGUACAGGCAAAAGCCCCAGCCUAAACCGAGAGUCCCCUCCUACUCGCAGCCCCCCUCCGAUGGACAAUUGCUGGAGGUUGCAGCGCUCUUCCCCCAUGAGGGACGGAGGAAGAGGCGGCUGGAGGUGAUGCCGCUAAGGAGGGAAUCGCCACGCCUGAGCCGGAGGGCCAGGGAAAGCCACGGCCCUAUGAGCUGCUUCCCUAGCGUGCCCUAUCCUCUUCGCUCUCCAGAGAGGAAGCCCGGGAUAGCCUUUCCUCAUGUAACCCACAGCGAAAGGGUCUAAUCGAUAACUUCCUUGCCCCGUCAUACUACCCUUCAUAACUAAAACACACUCUUAUCACACAACACAGACUGAGGAGUUAACACACACGUUUGGUUUCAAAACCUAGUGAGCUGCCUUUGUAGGCAGCAUUUAAUACAGGUGGCAUAGUUAUAAAUAUGUAGCCAGCAGGGAGCUCACUAGGUUUUGGGACGGAGCCAUAUACACAAACUGAUCAUACAUUGAUGUAAUUAAGCCAGCCUAUCAGAAUCCUUCAUCACGCUCAGCCAGCUUCAUCCUCAUCCACACUUCCUGCUCUUUUUGUGUGUGUAUGAAUGUGUGCGGAAGAUACAAAAGAGUGUUAACGUUAUUCUCAAACUGCCUUCACGAUGUAGUAACUUCGAAUUACUGAAUGGCAGAGCUCAUAAAUUAAUAAUAAUAUGUGAGACAUGAGGCAGUUCUUGGUUACUGAAGCCAUUUGAAAUGAUUGGAUGAUGUGAAUUCACUAAACGGUUUGUGCCGCAAUCUUGUUUAAACCGGCGUUAAAUGCAGCGGUGACACAAAUAGUGUAGAUCAUAAGUUAGGCUUAUUAUAGAUUCAACUGUAAGUGAGGCUUAUUUUGUAUUUGCUUGGGACCGUCAAUGUUGAGGUUUUAUCGUCCACAAAAAGCUAUAAAUGGAAUUUUGUGUAAAUGAGAGGUUUGGGUACACUUUCUAUUAAUCAUGGCAAGAGUUAUUCGUCAAAUGAUAGGGGAGGAUGUUUUAAAUAGGAUAUAUAUUUAGAUGUGCAUUGUUAAAUAAGGCUGCACAUUUCUUGCAAAUGAUGCUAAAUAUUAAUAUUAAUGCAAUUAUCCUUGAUAUACACAGAACAUACUUUUUUAGAGCAAACAACUGCUCAAUUCUGUUGAGCUCGAUUCCAUACAGUAACUGCUUGAAUCGGGCGCUAUAACAACGCUUAUGAACCAGGCACAUAAAAGGUACUGCGGUUUAGUGAAUUCACCCUUUAUAUUUAUCUGUUAUUGAACCAUUGGAUAAAAAUAGUUCCGAUUGAGUUAUUUAUUUCUCAGUUUUUGCUUUUCCAAAGAUACAAAUGCGGAAUUGCAAAAAUUGUCUAUUUUGCAUUUUGGGCAGGCAUGAUUAUGACCUAACUGACAGGGUGAGUUAAAUAAUGAUUAUGUCAUAUUAUUCAUCCUGAUGUCGUUCAAAACAUUCAUAUGAAUCUGUUGUGUGGAACACAAAAUAUUUUUUGAGAAAUGUCUGUUUUUGUGUCCAUACAAUGGUAGUCAAUGGGGGCCAAUGGGGUUUUCGGUUACCAACGUUCUUCAAAAUAUAUUCAAAAUAAUAAAUAUAUUCUAAAUAAUCUUCAUUGUGUCCUGCAAAAGAAAUGCAUACAGGUUUGGAAUGAAGUGCAAAAUAUAAAUGGUAAAAUACUUUUAUUUUUAGGUGAACUAUUCAUUUUAGUGAGUGGCAACCAUCAUAUUUGUUUGUGUUUAGAUCACAUGUACUGUAUGUGCUUAAAAUAUUUUUUUAUUCAUCCCUAUUGUUUUAACAUGUAUGACUGGAUUAAGUGGCUGCCACAUCAAAAGCAUUCAAACGUUCAAAAUAUUUCCGACCACACUUUAUUAUCCAGAAAUAAUAUACACCAUCACAGUUUCUGCCUCCAAAGUCAGAAACUCAGGGGAAGAACCGUUUUAAAGAAAUGAUUUAGGUUUGUAGAUGAACUUCCAGACAUAUCAGAUCAAAUUUGCUGUACAUACACAGAUGCAGUACAUAUUCUGUAUAUUUUCCAAAUUCAGAACCAAAGAUUUAAGUAUUUAUACGACACUAUAGAAAAGUACCAAGUAGUGCAAACACAGCCAUCUACAAAGAUGUGCUAUUGAAACCCAUUCUGUCAUAUUCACAACAAAGAUCUUGAUAAUGAUUAUUGUUGAACUCCGCUUCAUGUUGAAUGUUCAGGAUCUGCUUGAACAGGAAGUGAAAAUGUAGCCCUAAAACGUUGCCUGACGUUGAAUAAAGCAGACUGAAGAUCUUUAUAGUUGUGUUGGAACAGAAUAGAGGACAUGAAUAGGUUAGUUUAUGCAUUAAAACGUUUGCCUUUAUCACAUGCCUGUUUUUAAAAGGCCAAAAAGUGGAUACAUCUGAUCUUUACUUGGAUCUAGAGAUUUUGGAACCAUGUUUUUUUUUUUUUGCAGAAAUUAGGCACAAACCACUCUUUUUUUUUAUGUCAAAAAAUAUUAUCAGAGGAUUGACAUGUGCCAUCAAUGCAUGCCAUUGCAUCGCAUAAACAGUUUCCUUCACAUUUAUUUGAGUAGAGGGAUGCAUAAGGGGUGGGCGGGGCAUAAGUGUCACUAGUUUAUUGUCAUUCACGCGCGUCUCAUUUGCUCUCCUGCCAAGUAUCUCACUGACACCAGAGUUCAGCUUCACAUUAUUAAGUUCACCCAAAUAUUGUGGAAGUAUCGGACAGCUGCCCUCAACAGUCCCCUCAGAAAAGGAUCUCGAAUGUUCUCCUGUUCAGAAUGUACAUUCAGUUGUUGAAUGUAAGCGGAUUCAUACGAACUUGGACGAUCAACGCCCGGUUGCCCGAAUGCACGUGCGCAGACUCGCAAUCUUCCGUGUGUUAUGAUAUUCUCGGCUCGGUUUGUGUGUGAAGGAAUCCGAGCAUGUUGAAAAUCUAUCUUGAAUCCAAGAUCUGCACGAGGAUGACGACAAGAUGAAACGGACGAUUAGAGAUUAAUGACUGAGUGCAGCUUUCAGGACACGGACCUUAUAAAUAAAAGCUGUGCUCUGUGACGUGUGCGCGUAGAUUCUGUCACGCCCCCAUUCACCUUUACUUUCUUUCACGAGCGUUUACUCCCCACACCCCCUCCACCUCGUACGGGGCACAAAUUAUAUAUCGGAAGUGUAGUAAGUGACAUAUUAUAUUGUAUACAUGUGCGUUGAGUGCGUGUAACAUUUGGGACGUGUAUGUGACGUCUGUCUUAUAAAUGUGCUAUUUUACUCACCACUGAUUGCUCAGAUGGAUACAGAAGCCUGUUACGCUUUUCGAAAACCCCGCCCCUUUUCUCGCCACGCUGAAGGACGUAAAGUAAACUUGAGGGUCCGUCACGUGCGCGCGCUUAUUCUCAACGUACAACGUUGCACGGUGAAGAGUGAAGUGCCAACGUCACGGAUUGUUUAUUUCAAAGGCCGAACUGAGAACAACAUUUCUCUGUCUUCGCAUAUUUUUGAGGCUCGGCCCGCGGUGGACUGACUGUUAGACGGCAGCGUUUUACCAACGUUUUAGCGAUAGUCGUAGAUCUCGCGUCAAGGGUUCGGUUGACCACGUGACGGUUAAGGCCCUUCUCAUUUGCUGUCACUGCUUUUUGUCCACGUACAGUACCGCUCGUUUUCUGCUAGCAAUAAUAAACUUACGCAAGCCAUGUGUGAAGAGAGAUCCUACAGGGGGCUCGUCUUCUCUAAAGCAAAGCUGAGUGAGGGUUUAAAGAAACUAGGGGGAGAGUAACUUAUCUUAAAAAAGAAACUUAUGUUACUGAUGAACAUCACUGUAUUCUAUUAAACCUGUGUUGAUGAGAAGCGACUGCUGUAUUCUUUUCUCUGGUCACUGAUACAGCUGUCAGUCAAAUGCACGUUAUAUUUGCCUACAAUGUGUCGAUAUGUCGCCUUAGGGAUGUGUAUAUGGUGAUCCUGUCUGUAUAAACCUAGCUAAAGUGUUUUUUCUUUAUAUUUUAAUUCAAUAUAUAUGAUGCUGAGAACAUUGUGUGAAAAUAAAACAUCGACUUAUUCAAUAUUGCCUGAGUAUGUCAAAGAUUGGAAUUAAUGUGCCAACUUUCAGUUUUUGUUUCAGACAAAUUGUGUCGAUAAAAUCAUCAAUUUCAGUAUUUGGCUUUCCUGUAGCUCAGUGGUAAGAGCAAGGUUGUGGGUUCCAUCCCAGCAGAUUAC